UCAACGUCUACGAACCCGCAUCAGGAGCUUAGAACAGCUAUCUAGCAUCAACUUCGAGCUACCGGAGCGUUCCCACAUCAGCACUAAAGUUGACCACGCUACUUUGCGACCCGCUAUUCUUGGUGGUCACGAUCUGUCCUAAGGAAAGUCGAUCUAUACUAAGCAGCUGUUCGAAUCGUUCCCUGCGUUGCAAGGUAUGAGCACACUAGGAUACACAAUGCCGCAUUCUCAGUACGGUAUGAAUCACUACGGGUCUCCUCAAUCGUCCUAUUCACCAGGCUAUCCCCCGGUGAGCCAACAAGCUUAUUCAGACUCCCGGUCUUCGACAUCGGGUGGCUAUGCCUCAUCGUAUGCAUCCAGUCCUGGACUCCAGCACGACCAACAACCAAGAAGACACGAUGAACACACAGCACUACCGCCAUAUCAACAUCAACACCCAUCUUAUUCUCGGAGCACUUAUCAGCCGCAGCAACCUCUAGAUUCUGUGCGCCCAAGCUCUAAUGCGGGAGGCUACUCGUACCCUGCGCCUCACAGCAACCUCCCCAGCCAAAGCUUGGAAAGUAAUCCUUCUGCCUACCCACCGCCAGCUUUGUACCCUCCAACCACAUAUGGAAUGAGCGACUAUCGUAUAUCCCUGCCAACAAUGUACCCACCAUCAUCAACAACGCCUGCUUCAUAUCCUACUUAUGAGCCUCCUCAUGGCAUUCCGCCACCUCCGGCCAGUAGCAUGCCUGCGCUCUCUUCGUCUCCGAGUACUCAGAACAACGCCGUAAUGCCGCGUGUCUUGAACUCACGGCCAAAGCCACAAUGCUUCGACCAUGGAUGUAAUGGGCGACAAUUCUCAACAUUCAGCAACCUCCUACGACAUCAGCGUGAGAAGUCAGGGACCGCAGCCAAGAGCUUCUGUCCAAGAUGCCACGCCGAAUUCACACGCACUACUGCAAUGAAGGGCCACAUGCAACACGACAAAUGCAAAGCCCGUAGACCGUCAGAGUCCACUAGCAUCCCAAGAACAUGACCUCAGGGACCGUUAUUCCGAUGCCAAUGAUAUCGAUUACACUCGACUCUUCCGCCGACUGAGAUCAGAGACAAAAGCAUACGGAACGAUCAGCACGAUCAG